ACCAAAGUUCUACAAAUUUUCCAUGCAACAAGAAAGCUGAGUGCAUAGAAAUAGAAAAGAAAAGAAAUGAAAAACACAAGCUCAGCACUCCUGCAUACAAGAACAUUAGCUCUAGUAUUGCUAGACUUCAUGCAUGUUUCUACAGAGUCUCAUUUUACAUCACAAAAACAGAAGUGUGAAAUACAGAGACCACAAACACAAGCAUAUCGUAUCUCAUUUGGCUUAGAGACCCACAGAGCUGUUUUGGAUUUUCAUAACUAUUUAACGUUUGACGCAGAAUGGAAAUAAUAUUAAACACCACAGAAUCCAGCACAUCAACAGAAGAGUAUGAUUACUCAGAGAUUGCCUCGAGUGGGCCGUGUGAUUAUGGAGUCCAUGCAAGCCAUUUCCUCCCAGUUCUCUACUCACUGUUCUUUGUGGUCGGCUUCCUGGGCAACAUGCUGGUGCUGUGGGUGAUCCUGAGAGGCGCUCAGAUGAAAAGCAUGACUGAUGUGUCUCUCCUGAACCUGGCCAUUGCUGACCUUCUACUAGUCUUCACUCUCCCCUUCCUGGCUCACUAUGCCAGAGAUACCUGGGUUUUUGGGAAUGCCAUGUGCGGGCUGGUCCUCAGUGUUUACUAUAUUGGAUUUUACUCCGGAAUUUUCUUUAUCGUGUUGAUGAGCAUCGACCGAUACUUGGCUAUUGUCCAUUCUGUGUUUGCCUUGAGAAUCCGUACAAAGGCUUAUGGGAUUGUAGCUAGUAUGGUCAUCUGGAUUCUAGCCAUAAUAGUUUCAUUUCCUGAGCUAUUGUUCCUUGGAGUCGAAAAUUAUGGGGCUGAAAAAGUUUGCAGUGCUUAUCCGAAAAAUGAAACUCACAAUGCUACGAGAAGUGUAGCCUUGUAUAAAAUGAACAUUUUGGGUCUGCUAAUUCCACUGAUUAUUGUGGGAUAUUGCUACUUGAUGGUGCUCUGGAGGCUUCGGACCCUUCGUACAGCCAAGAAACUGGCCAUCCGUCUUGUUAUCGUGGUCAUGGUGGUCUUCUUCUGCUGCUGGACGCCGUACAACAUCGCAGCAUUCCUCAAAGCACUGGAGCUGAAUCGCAGCCUUUCUCUAGGGUGUGAACGCAGCAAAAAGAUCCAGCUGAUGCUGCAGGUCACUGAAGCAAUUGCAUACUUUCACAGCUGCCUCAAUCCGUUCAUCUACGUGUUUGUGGGGGAAAAGUUCAGGAGGCAACUCUCCAGGCUCCUCCUUCAGACACCCUGCAUCCAUGUCCAGUGUAUGAAGAGCUACAUAACCCGGGCCGCAUCAUCUGUGUAUUCACAGAGCACAAGUGUGGAUGAACGCUUUGGUGGUGUCUGAAUGAACUUUCAUUUUUUUACUGUAUAUAUAUAUAUAUAUGAAAAAGUGCUGUAAAGUAAAAAAAAAUAAAUAAAUUGCUAAUUAAUCAUACACCUGUUGUUCAAGUAUGUAAGUGUAAGAAUUUAUGCUGGUUUGUAGCCAAAGGGUAAUCAUACUAAAUAUUCAUUUGAUUUACAUUUUUCUACUGUCUGCUAACUUUGCAUAUUAUAAAUUGCUAAAAAAAAAAAUUACAGCAUUUCUUCACACCUGCCUAAUUGCACAGUACUGUAUAUCCCUACAUUUGGCUAAAGAUUACUGUAAUAUUUUGCUGUUCAUGAAACUGCUAAGAACAACUUGGAAAUUUGAUUGACAGGGAGGUUUUGGCUCUGAUUUGCCGUCUAUUACAUCUAUCUGUAUGUGUAUGGAUCCUGACCUGAUCUUAUUCAAGUCAGCAUGAUCUGAAACUCAGGUAUAAAUUAUACACAAACUAUUUAAUUAGAUCUGAUAAGGAUUUCAUGAAAGCCGAAACUACAAGCACAAUCUCUUCUUUAAAUAGCUCAUGUCAAUUUCCUUAAAUGUUACUCAAAUUUUUUGUUUUGUUCGAGUGCCUUUUUUAUAUUCAUAAAGUAUUGGCUGUGGAAAAUUAAAAAAACAAACAAACAUGGUGU